AUGUCAUCACCCACAAAGAGCCACACUACCGGAAAGCCAAAGAGGCAGAAAAAUAUGCGCGUGCUGUCCGCCUACCACCUAUCCAUCCAGCCACAACGUUUCCGUCAACUCGAGGGUCCUGAAACCCCCAACAGAGAGGACCCGAAGAUGGCCAAAUUCGUCAACUACCUGCCCAGUCCAUGUACUUCUUCUUAUCCAUCAAUCGUACACGUCUACAACUUCCGGUCCCAGCACCAAUUAGUCACAUUUACACAGACGGAGACUACAAAAAGAAGAAGAAAGAAAGAAAGCAAGAAAGAAAGAAAAAAAAACCUGAUGAAAUAUUUGUCAUUCAUCAAACCCAUGUACACAUCUUCAUUAUAUUCUGCUUCAUCUUCAUCGUCUUCGCGACGUCACGUCAUUAUCCCCAUACUGCUCUCCAUCGCCACAACCCCUCUGGAAAAAACAUUGCGACGCCCCCUCCAAUACGAAGAAGAAAGACAUGGUUGCAUGGCGGAGGACGGGGAGAAGCGCCUGCUCAUUGAUAUUGUCUUUGCCAUGAUGGAUUAUUGGAAUGGAAGCAACAAGAAGACCACCAUACGCGAAGCAAGAAACAUGUUCGAAAAAAAGGAGGGUAAAAAAGCCAUGAUAUAA